AUGCUUUCCAUAACGAGAAAUAUUUCUACUAAGUCCGUAUUACUCUCUUUCGUUUCUCGCCGUUCAUGUCGAAUAUUAACUGCUGAAGCAAGUCCUGCUUCAAAAAAGCAACAAGAGAUCGAUGAGAUAAAAGUUACACAACAAAAAUAUCAAGAAUUACAAAAACUUCAAUCUCGUCCAUUAUACUUGGACGCACAAGCAACGACGCCAAUGGAUCCUCGUGUACUUGAUCAAAUGUUACCGUACAUGACACAUUUGUAUGGUAAUCCACAUUCGAGAACACAUGCCUUUGGAUGGGAAAGUGAGAAAGCUAUUGAAAUAGCCCGAGAAAAAGUUGCAAAAUUAAUAAAUGCUGAACCCAAAGAAAUUAUCUUUACUAGUGGAGCAACAGAAUCGAAUAAUAUUUCUGUUAAGGGUGUUGCUCGUUUUUAUAAAGAAAAAAAGAAACAUGUUGUUACAACACAAACUGAACAUAAGUGUGUACUUGAUUCAAUGAGAGUAUUAGAAAGUGAAGGUUUUAAAGUUACUUAUUUGCCUGUAAAAAAGAAUGGUCUUAUUGAUUUACAAGAACUUGAAUCAGUUCUUACACCAGAAACAAGUUUAUGUUCGGUAAUGAUGGUAAAUAAUGAAAUUGGUGUUCGUCAACCGAUUAAAGAAAUUGGUAAAUUAUGUCGAUCGAAAAAAGUCUUUUUUCAUACGGAUGCAGCACAAUCUGUUGGAAAGAUACCAAUUGAUGUCAAUCAAAUGAAUAUUGAUCUUUUAUCAAUUAGUGGUCAUAAAAUAUAUGGACCAAAAGGUAUUGGUGCACUUUAUAUUCGUCGACGACCACGUGUUCGCCUGGACCCAAUUCAAACUGGUGGUGGACAAGAACGAAAUAUUCGUAGUGGUACGGUUCCAACACCACUCGUUGUUGGCCUUGGUGCUGCUUGUGAAAUAGCACAACAUGAAAUCGGUAAUGAUGAAAAACGAGUUACAGAAUUAUCAAAAAAAUUAAUUGAUGAAAUAACGAAAAGAUGUACACAUGUUAUUCUUAAUGGAGACCCAGAAUCACGUUAUCCUGGUUGUGUUAACUUAUCAUUUGCUUAUGUUGAAGGCGAAUCAUUAUUAAUGGCACUUAAGGACAUUGCAUUGUCGUCUGGAAGUGCAUGUACAUCUGCAUCUCUUGAACCAUCGUAUGUACUUCGUGCAAUUGGUGCUGAUGAAGAUUUAGCACAUUCAUCCAUUCGAUUUGGUAUUGGCCGUUUUACAACUGAAGCUGAAGUUGAUUUUACAAUUGAAAAGACUGUUGAACAUGUUAAGCGACUUCGCGAAAUGAGUCCUUUGUGGGAAAUGGUUCAAGAAGGAAUAGAUUUGAGAAAUAUCAAAUGGUCACAACAUUGA